UUAGCACAAAUGGAAGCGAGUUGCCGAGUUAGGGCAAAGCCAAACUUCUGAAAGCUUCCGGAGUGGGACUGCAAGCAGUGCUCAAUACUCAUAGAACACUCAUUUUCACUUGUAUUCUCUCUCUUUUUCUGAAUCUCUGGUGGUCUUUCAGAUCGGAUCCCCGAUAAAUGGCGUUGGCGUUCGAUGAGUUUGGUCGGCCGUUCAUUAUAAUUAAAGAGCAAGAGUCCAAGACUCGAUUGCGAGGCCUUGAUGCUCAGAAAACUAACAUUGCUGCCGGAAAGGCCGUCGCUCGUAUUCUCCGUACCUCACUUGGCCCUAAAGGCAUGGAUAAGAUGCUUCAGAGCCCCGACGGCGACAUCACUAUCACAAAUGAUGGUGCAACAAUCUUGGAGCAGAUGGAUGUCGACAAUCAAAUUGCAAAGCUGAUGGUUGAAUUAUCUCGUAGUCAAGAUUAUGAAAUUGGUGAUGGAACAACUGGUGUUGUUGUCAUGGCUGGUGCUCUCCUUGAACAAGCUGAGCGGUUACUUGAACGCGGUAUUCAUCCUAUCCGGAUAGCAGAAGGAUAUGAAAUGGCUUCAAGGAUAGCUUAUGAACAUUUGGAACGUAUAGCACAGAAGUUUGAGUUCGAUGCCACAAACACAGAGCCUUUGAUUCAGACUUGUAUGACUACUUUAUCUUCCAAGAUGUAAGUACCAGGUUACUUC